AUGGCACCAGGAGGUCAACAACAACAACAUGCUGUGGGACAAUCUGGUCCCAGGGGGGCGUCAACUCCUGCACAGCAAACACUAGGGGCUUCUCCUUUUUCAAGCACGAGUAUUAAGGCUGCAGAUAAGUCAUCUUUCGAUUCGUCAUCCCUGAGCAAGAGUACUAUGAGUAUGAGUGAGUACUAUUGUUCCCCUCUGAUAGAAAUAGAUUCUCUUCAAAAUUUUGAUGAAGCUCCAAGAAAAAGAUGAAUUUUCCUUUUGGUCUAAGAAUAGCUCAACAUCGAGCGUUGCCAGUGGAACUACAACAGGUGGAACAGGAGUCGUGGAAAGGGCUACUGGAGCAGCUGCGUCUUCCGGCAAACAAGUGUCUCCUUCAGCUGUGCAAGGUAACGAGCAUCUAUGUGUGACAACAUUGUCAGGCAAACCCCCGGAGCAGUCGAGUUUACUCGCGCCGCAAUACCGCCAGGCCGCCGCCGGAUCGACGUUGCUCCAGGACGGCGUUGGUCAAGCGGAUAAUGCGGUGAAGCCGAUGGGGAGUGCUGGUAUCUUGUAUGUUUGCUAAACACGGACGGUCUAACCUAAAACUAACUCUUUCUUACCUUAUCCCUAGGUCUAGUCCAACCUAGUAAAAUUAAAAUAACUCUUUUUUACCUUAAGCUUAGCUCAUGAAUUUCACGUGGUUCUUCAUCAUCACCACGGCUCUUCCUGUUACAGCUCCAGCCAACAUACAAUCUGCUUCAUCUGGGUCUGCAGCUUCUAUUACGGCUUCCCCUAGUGGUCCAUCUUCGGAAGCAUCCUGAAGCUGUCCCAUAAGGGGAAAGACGCAUCAGGAUGCAUCUCAAGACGGAUAAGUGUGCGCUCUAAUUCUAGUGUAGUCAGCUCUGCGGCUUCGAGUGGUGUAGUCAAAGCACACGACUCGUCUUCGACAGGCAGCGUGCUUCCUGGUGGGCUCCGUCGUCGUUCCCCUCUAGGGCCAGACCCUUCGAGCUCUAGCAGUGGCAGUCCUCCACUUCUACCAUCCUCCAGUGCAUUAGCGAUGCCCACGUCCAGAGGGAAAAUGCAACGACAAAGGUCAGCGCCAGAUGUUGAGCCAAAAAAACUACAUAGUGGCGCAUCUACAUUUUCAGCUACUUCGAUCAUUGGAGGAGACAGCCCUUCGUCCCCAACUACUUCUGGCGCAUCAUCAGCUGGUCUUCCACGAUUACCUGGUGGCACAUCGGGUGUGGACGGUAAUAAUAGCAGAGGCUCUAGUACUUUUUUCUCUGGUACAGCAAGAUCUUCUGGAGCUCUUCAGGCCCCGAAUACCGCACCACAAUUUUCCGCAGGACCGCAACAUCUUCAGCCUCACGGCGCACCACAGUGUCCCCCAGCACCAAGCUCACAGCACGUACCACAUAGUUUACACAUUGUGAUCUUAUUGGACGUUCUUGUUUACUAUUUUCUUGAGGUUGACGUUUGAUGUUCUUCGAAACAAUUAUAUAUAAGAUGGAGAUGAAUUUCAAUUUAUCAAAGGAAAAUUCAUACUCCUACAGGACGCCGGCGGACAGAAAGCACCACCAAGUACACCAGAGGCAGAAGAUGGACUCUUAGAAGACGAUGAGAAUGACUGUCUAUCGACAGCUCAAGUCCUUGUAGUGAAUAACAAAAAGACGGUUGAACAGCAUAUAGAGCCCUCUAGCUCUAGACCAGCAUCAGGCACAUCUGCAUUAGGAGGAACAAAUAAUAACCAAGGUCGCUUCAACAUCGCUAGUCUUGGCUCAUCUGCUAUAGUUGCUACGAGUACGUCGGAGACCUCCACUGCUCCCCAUGGACAGCAACACCCAGAGGAAGCUGCACGACACGACACAGUACAGUACACGAGUACACCACAACAUGCGGCGGAGGAUGAUGACGAUGAAAUUCCCACUGCGACAGUCUUGCAGUCUAAUGGUACCGGGAGUGAUCCUGCUGGGCAGAUACCGUUAACCUAUUCUUCGCAUUCAGUAUCGAGUAUCUCGUCGUCUGCGUCGAGCUCACAAACAGAACUACUGUCAUUGACGUUAUGGAGGAAACAAUUUUCAUUUUGAUGUUUUGUCUGAUAAAGUUCUUCCGUAGAAAAAGUUUCGUCUGAUAAAAACUUCAACACUGGUUUUUUCCUAUGUUUGUAUAUAAUGACCAAUUUCAUCUGAAAGAGCCUUUUCUAAUCAUCAGUCCCGAGAUGCCCGUAAGUGCACAGCCCUUUUCGAUGUCUGACAUUCCUGAUGCUGAGGUGAUUGUGGGAGAGCCUCUGAUUCCGCUUCGAGAACAAGGCCAUGUCGUCGCGAAAGAAAAAGAAGAAGAUGCCAGAGAUGCUUUUUCGAGUGUCGUAGUACAGUCCUCAUUUAGAGGAAGCAGUAGUGCUGAAAAUAUCGCUACCCCCGGCAGUGGUACUGCGGCCGCUAAUGCCUCUACAGCUAGUCAACAUAGUACUCUCGCCGCUGCUCCUGCUGAUAAUGCUGCUUCGCCGAUAUCAGCCCCUACAAGUCCCACGAACGCCGCUACAGGUAGGGAGUUUCACGGUGCUUUGGCUACCCCGCGAGGUCGGGCGCCACAGGUCUCAAUCUAUCACGCAAGAUCAGUGCCUUCUUCGCGACCGAACUCACCUGAAGCUCCUAGCUCUGCUGCGUCGAGCCCGACUCCUCGCGGUACUGGAAGCGAGUAUAUACAAGGAGAUGGCGGCGCAUCUUUUGGUCAAGCUCAGAGUUGUACCCAAACACAAUCUCAGCACCCCGCUGAUCAGCAAGAGGGUCAGAAACCCCAAGUUCAACUGGUUCAACAACCACCUACUACCGCCAGUCCUACUCCUAGUCCCAGUGUUGGAGGUGUCGGAUUCGGUGUAGUGCGUAAUCGAACGGGAUCCAUAGGAGGUGGGUCGUCCGGUUCAGGACAUACGAAACGGCAACAUGUCAUGCACCCCAACUCAUCUUCCGGAAGCGGUAGAAGAAGUAGUGCCAAAAGCAUGCAUAGAUUUGCGCCACCAUCCUCGAGACCAGCUUCACCUGAACAACUAAUAAUCCCUACUAGAGGAGGGGCACCAGUUCCGGCAGGAGCAUUUUCAAGGAAUUCGUCGCCACUGGGUGCAUUAAAUAGUGCUAGUGGUAGUGCAGAAGCAGAGGACGCUCAUCAAGAAGUGGUCAACAUGCACAUGGAGAAUACACUUCUUGUGACUCCUCGUCCUGUCCCUGCGGCGCGAUCACCAGACGUUCCACCAGCACCAGCCUCAACUCCACGCUCUUCGCCAUUACAACAUGAGCGAACACCAUUACAACACGAGGAACAAAUGGUACCUCCGUCUCCCUCUCCGUCUCCAUCGCCUACAGCCUUGCUUUCAGAGCCACUUUCCCCAGGACUGUUUACUGCAGCUUUCCAUAGUAGUAAGUCCUCGUCAACCCGCCAGUCGCGUACUGCUCGCAGUGGGCAUAAAAGGACGUCAACAUCUGUAGGAGCUUCAACAUUCAGUACAUCUUCAGGACUAGCAGCUACUAGUAGUGCAUCUUCUUCUUCCUCUCCUCUACUUUCAUCUUCCGGCAUCCCGCCCUUACCUCCCACUCCCUACACAGGAGGAUCUGCUAGUGGUCUACUAUUUCCUGAGGUCCCAGGUGUUCAAUUAUCUGAAGGACGAGAUGGCGGAGUCUUUCGCUUUGGCGCAACUGAUGAUAACGUUGAUGUUCCGCCGUUUAGCGAUCAGGAUGCAAAUAGCCUGAAGAACGCUCAGGCGCUAAGUUACGUUCUUUAAGGGUUGACACCAUUUACGUCAGUUUGUUUUGAAGGAAAUGUUGGUCGAAGUCGAAAACUCCACUUCGCUGAGUCUGUCUUUCCACUUCUAAUCUUCUGACCUCUUUUCCUCGGGGCAACAACAAGACCAGGUGGGACCAGAGUUUUCUUCGUUUGCACCAGACGCGCCGCCUGGGGGUUUCUUUCCAUUACCAGACCAGAUGGAAACUUUAGUUACGAGCACUUGGUGUAUGGUCUUCUACUUAUAACAUAUCGACGACGAGGACUGCUACUGUUGUAGCAAUCUGAUAACAACUAAAAAAAUGCAACAGUACUCAAGAACGUACUCGGAAGCUACGCAAGAAUCAGAAGAUGAAGUGAAUAAAAACAAACAUCAACUCAUCUUGAUCUUCCAAGAAAAGUCAUCGGAGCUCUAAUCCCUACUCCGAUGCCGACGACGAAGUGGCCUUUGGUAAAGCAACAGCAUUGGUUCCACGUGGACAAAGAGUUCAACGGGUACCACGACAAAGAACAAACCGCUUACAAGUGGUUCCCCGAAGACAGCAACAAGCAACAAAUCAGCAACAAGUAGUAUGGCAACAAGGUGGAAUAAAUCAUCUUCAACUCAAGAUGAAGUAUGGAGGCAACUACACGGAAUAUUAUAAAUCAUCAAAUUACUAUGACUACGUUGUCACAUCAGCACAUAUUCGAAAGAAUGCUGCACCUGCAGCCUGUGCCUGCUAUCCUUAUCACAGCUGGUUGACUCUGACUGAUGAAACUGAUCAUUGAAUUGAUUUACCUCAUCUUCGUGUCCACACCGGCUCGUGCGUGCUCAUCUUUCCCGUACUACUAUUACUUUCCCCACCCUUUCACUCUCUUCUAAUUGUAGCGCAACAACAGCAGCCGCACCGUAGUCAUGUUCUAGUGCAGUCACCACCUCUGGGCCCCUCGCUGUCCCCACCUGCUUUAGCACUGCAAAGGACGCCUGGUUUUCAGCCGACGCCUCCACCUGCACCGUUUGUUAGCGAAGGUAGUAGCGGUAGAACGCCUGACAUGCAGCAAGUGCAUGUCGGGGGUAGGGGUACUAGAUCUAGUGCCAGUACAACUACAGCUGCUUGUCUUAGUGGCGGCAUGACUAGUAGAGGGAGUAGUAGAGGGACCGGCAACAGUGCUCCUAGCAGCAGUACAACUCCUAGCAGUAGUACUCCUUCUAUGGUAAGCACAUAUCUUGACCAAGCAAAGCGGCAACAAUUUCCAGAAGCUGAUGUUGGCGGUCCAGCAUCAGUGUCUACUCAUCCUGGGCCUACUGCUCCUCAUGAUAGUUUGUCUCUGCUUUCUGACGUGGAGACUGUGCUGGCCUCCGGCGCAGAUGCUGCUGGGAAAGAUGGAGAUGGUGAUUCUACUAAUUUGUAGUACUUAUAAUGCUUGUUCUGGCACUGAAUGCUGUUGAGAGCACAAAUUAAUAUGCCAAUUUUUUGGAAUAAGUCUCUGUCCUGUAAUAAAAGGAUUCUUUUCAUCUCGUGUAAAAUAAGGUUUUUGGCUAUCUAAGGAUCACAAGAUUAUUGGAAUGAAAAUCAUCAUGCUGCUGUAAUAUCAUCUACGCGAGAUGUCAACAACGCUAAUUUUACUGCUCACAGGUAAUACCGAUGAAGAACAAAACGAAGAGCGUGGUGCUGCUCCGAGGACAAGUUAA